CCGCCGCCGAGGCUCGAGUUCUCCAACUCGAGCGGAGGGUGGCUGGAUUGUUCUGCGUCGGGCAGUCCGCCGCCGUCGGUGGACUGGAUGUCCGUGGAUGGGUCGCCGGUGCUGGACGUGCACGGCGUGCGCCGCGUCCUUCUGAACGGGACGCUGAUCCUGCUACCCUUCCCCCCCGCGGCGUACCGGCAGGACAUCCACAGCACCGUGUACCGCUGCGUCGCCUCCAACGCCGUCGGCAGGAUCGUCAGCAGAGACGUCCAAGUCAGGGCAGUGGUGGCGCAGGAGUACAAGCUGGAGGUGGAGGUGCUUGGCGCUUCCCGUGGCUGCACGGCCGUGCUUCGCUGUGUCGUACCGAGUUUCGUCAAGGAACUGAUCCGCGUAGUGUCCUGGGUCCAGGAGCCGUCCUUCUACAUCUACCCAUCGCUACAAGGAGACGGGAAGUACCACUUGCUGCCGACAGGGGAGCUGCUGGUACAUAACUUGGAGUUCACCGAUCAGUUCCCCUCGUUCCGAUGCCGGACAAUGCACCGACUGACGCGACAGGUAGUCGUCAGCUCGCCAGCCAACGUGCGCAUCACAGAACACAGGGGGAUUGUGCCCCCCGCCAUUGUGGAGCACACCGGCACUGUCCACGUGGCCCAAGAUGAAGGCGCCGUGUUACUGUGCGUCUCUCAGGGCUGUCCGGCGCCAGACUACAGGUGGUACACGUUGCAGUCGGGGGCGGAGCCCGUGUCCGUCCUGCCCGGGCCACGAAUCCGGCUCUUGGGUCCGAUCCUAGUGAUAGAAGCUGUGACGUCAGAAGACGCCGGUAUGUACCGUUGUUCUGCAAGCAACGCCGGAGGUGAAGCAAGUGCAGAGCUGAGACUGGUCGUCGCGACGCCCUUGCAUGUGGAGGUGACGCCCCCAUUACUGAGCGUGCAUCUGGGUGGCAGCGCCGAGUUCCGCUGCAUAGAGGCGUCUCAGCAGCCGCUCCAGGCGUCUCCGUCGCUCCUCAUCACGUGGUUCAAAGACGGACGGCCGUUGCCGGGGGCGGCCAGAAGCAGUGGGGACAGGCUUGUGAUCCCCGGCGUGGGGCGGGAGGACCGGGGCAUGUACCAGUGCGUGGUGCGGCGUGCCGAGGGCGAGACGGCCCAGGCGGCGGCGGAGCUGCAGCUGGGCGACGCACCCCCCAUCCUCCUGUACAGCUUUAUCGAGCAGACCCUGCAACCGGGCCCUGCAGUAUCCCUGAAGUGCAGUUCUGCAGGCAACCCAACACCACAGAUCUCGUGGACGCUGGACGGCUUCCCCCUACCCAGUAACGGCAGGUUCGUGAUUGGGCAGUACGUAACAGUGCACGGCGACGUCAUCAGUCACGUGAAUAUUAGCCACGUGAUGGUGGAGGACGGCGGGGAAUACACGUGUACAGCAGAGAACAGGGCCGGGCGGUCCUCUCACUCGGCCAGGCUUAACGUGUACGGUUUGCCGUACAUCAGGCUGAUCCCCAAGGUGACUGCUGUGGCAGGCGAGACACUGCACCUCAAGUGCCCUGUAGCAGGCUACCCCAUUGAGGAGAUCCGGUGGGAAAGAAGUGGCCGGGAGUUGCCGGAUGAUCUACGCCAGAAAGUGCAAGGUGACGGUAUGCUGGUAAUCACACCGGUACAGAAAGCGACAGAUGCAGGCGUGUACACCUGUUCUGCUAAGAAUAAGCAGGGACACAGCGCUAAGCGUAGUGGGGAAGUCACAGUUAUUGUUCCUCCCAAACUUAGCCCAUUUACUUCAGACAUUACACAGCAUGUGGGAGAGCGCGCAAGUUUGACGUGCUCGGUGACCAAGGGCGACCUGCCUCUGACCAUCGCGUGGCUGAAGGAUGGGAGACCGCUAGACCCCUCUCAGAGGGUGUCCAUCACUCAAGUGGAUCAGUUCAAUAGCAUUCUCUUGAUUGAAAGUUUGUCUCCAGAUCACAAUGGCAACUAUUCCUGUGUGGCACGCAAUCUGGCUGCCGAGGUAUCCCGCACACAGCAGCUAGUGGUCAAUGUUCCGCCCCGCUGGGUGGUGGAGCCUGCUGAUGCCAGUGUUGAGAGGAACAAGAACGUAAUACUGCACUGCCAGGCACAGGGUGUGCCUCAACCGACUGUCAUCUGGAAGAAGGCAACCGGCAGCAAGUCUGGCGAGUAUGAAGAGCUGAGGGAGCGAGUCUAUACCAAGCUGUUGAGCAAUGGCUCACUGCUCCUGCAGAAUGUGAAGGAGGAUCGAGAAGGCUUCUAUCUCUGCCAAGCAAACAAUGGCAUUGGCACCGGUAUAGGCAAAGUGGUGCAGGUCAAAGUCAACUCGUCGCCCUAUUUCUCAGCCCCUUCUCGAGUUGUGACAGUCAAGAAAGGAGACACUGCAAUCCUACAGUGUGAUGUGAAUGGAGACAAGCCCAUAAGUGUGGUAUGGACGCGGGGUGGAAAACUGGAGCUUACUGCAGCUUCCAACUACAGGGUGUCAGUGAAGCAAGACUUGACACCAGAUGGGGUUGCUGCAGAGCUGCAGAUUGCAGGGGCAGAGGCUGCAGACAGUGGCGCCUAUUUCUGCCAGGCCAGUAACGUGUACGGCCGUGAACACCAGCUGGUACAGCUGCUUGUCCAAGAACCUCCAAGAAGCCCGAUAAACUUGGAGUCAGUGAUGAUCAGCAGCCGUUCUGUGAAGAUCCAGUGGCAGCAGCAGUUGACCGACUCAACAGAAGUCACCAAGUUUCUCGUACAGUAUCAGGAGAGCCAUGGGACUUGGCAGCAGAUCGAGCUCACAGGCCCAACACUACAGCACACUGCUCUGGUUGAGGACCUCAAGCCUGCAACGAAGUAUAUGUUCCGAGUGGUGGCUGAAGGUCCAGCGGGACCGAGUGAGCCUAGCCCAGUGCUGACUGUUAGAACCGAGCCACAGCGACCUGCGGGGCCUCCACUCAGUGUGUCAGUCAGGCCUGUCUCCUCGAUGGAGCUCCUUGUGACAUGGUCCCCACCACUGGCAGAGCUGCGGCAUGGGGACAUUCAAGGCUACAAUGUUGGCUACAGGGAAAUCAGUUCCGGUUCUCAGAACUAUAACUUCAGUUCUGUGGGAGGGGAUGGAGAGGAGGGGGGAGGAGAGCUUCUGCUUGGCGGACUUGGCAAGUUCACACGUUACUCAGUGGUGGUUCAGGCCUUCAACCAGGUGGGGCCUGGCCCCCUGUCUGAACCAGUAGCAGCGCAGACUAUGGAAGAUGUUCCCAGUGUGGCCCCUGAUGAUGUGCGCUGCGCAGGCCUGACAUCGCAGUCUCUCCAGGUGAGCUGGCAGCCACCGCCAACAUCUCAGUGCAAUGGCGUCUUGCAGGGGUACAAACUGUUCUAUGAACCAGUUCUGGAUGAUCACUGGCAAGGAGUUGAUGACAUUGAAACCAGAAAGACCACCGCACUGACAGCUGUGCUCACAGGCCUACGCAAAUUCACAAAUUACAGUGUACAAGUUCUAGCUUUCACCAGGGUCGGUGAUGGUGUCACUACGAAACCCAUCUUCUGCACCACUGAGGAGGAUGCGCCAGGAUCACCUGCAGACAUCAAGGUAGUCGUCAGUUCACCACAGUCAUUGCUGGUGUCAUGGCUGCCCCCCACCGAGCCAAAUGGCAUCAUCACGAAGUACAAUCUCUACACCAGAAUGGUUGAUGGACGGGACGAGUUGAACCACGGCAAGCGGAACGUGGCAAGCCAGCACACCAGCUUCGAAUCGAAGGGUUUGAAGCAACAUGUGGAGUACCAGUUCUGGGUCACUGCAUCCACGAGAGUGGGGGAGGGUCAGAGCUCACGUGUUGUGGCUCAGGUUCCUACAAUCAGAGUACCGGCACGGAUCUCAUCCUUUGGUGGCCCAGUGGUGCGUCCUUUCAGAAACACAGCGUCAUUAGCAUGUUACACUGUUGGUCAGCCUGCACCACGGCGUGAGUGGCUCAGAGGUGACCAGCCUCUGCAUGGAGGCUCAAAUCACAAUGUCCAAAUUAUGGACUCAGGAGAACUGGUGAUAUCCAAUCUUCAGCAGAGUGACUCAGGCAAUUACACUUGCCAGGUUGCCAACAGUCACGGCUCAGAUCACGUCCAGUACACUCUCACUGUGCAAGUUCGCCCCGCUUCCCCCACAUUGUAUGUAACCAGUGCUACAAGUAGCAGUAUUCUGCUGCACUGGAAGCCUGGAGACAGUGGGGCAGCUCCCCUCAGUGGUUACGUGCUCAACUACCGCAGGACUCACGGAGACUUAGAAGAACUUAUGCUACCCAGGAGAGCCACUAGCUAUGAGGUCAAGGGUUUGCACUGUGGCAGCACAUAUCAUCUGUUUUUGGCAGCACAGAACAAGAUUGGGACUUCAGCACCAAGUCCUACUUUGUCUGUUAAAACACAGGGUCGAGCUCCUGGAAUUCCAGAAGCUCAAACACUGCUCUCACCCAACUCAACAUCGGUACUUCUUCGACUCCAUGUUUGGCCAGACAAUGGAUGUCCACUCACUCACUUUGUUCUACAGUACAGACCAAUCGGCAAUACACAUUGGACCCUUGUGUCGGACGCCCUGAAGCCACAGAGGAGAUUCACCAUCUCAGGCCUAAGCCCAGCUUUUGUCUACCAACUCAGGAUAGAAGCUCAUAACAUUGCAGGCUCGUCCACAGUGGAGUUCACAUUUGUAACCCUGACAAAAGAAGGCGAUCCUCCACCCCCUGAGCUGGUGAAACGAGGGCAUAAUUCUCUACCCUUCUACUCUGACAUGAGGGUGAUGGUGCCCCUCAUCAUAGCAACAGUGGCUCUGCUAGGAGCAGGUGCUGCUGCGGGACUCUGCUGGAAGCAUAAAUUUAUUGAUGUGUCUACACUCGUUGCAGAACAACCAAGACCACUAAAAGAGACUUUGGACAAUCAGCAAAAUGCUGAGACCCAGAGGGAGCGAUACUAUGCCACUAUCCACAAAGUGGCGCUUCAGGCUGGAGGUGACAAAAUUCCAGGUGUUAGAGAGGCACUGCUCAGGGAUGCAGGAACCAUUGUGUCAAUCACUGAUAUUCCAGAAACAUCGGAAGACAUUUCUCCCUAUGCAACGUUCCAACUCUCGGGGCCGGGAGGUGACCCAAGCAACACACUGCUGCAUAGUUUCAUGUACCACGAGCAGGCCAUGACGGAGGGCUGUGCCUCUCCACCCCCUACAGGGGUUGCUAAGAGUUCGCGGAGAAGAAGCAGCAGAAAGACAGACGUCGAUACUGAUGAGUCAGACUCUGAUCCAGAUCAGCUGACGUCAAGUCGCACAGAGUCCUCCAAUCAGCUUGAUGCAGCCAAAGUAAAACACAAUUUCAUCUAUCAUGGUGCUCAAUCAAGUACUUCAUCAGACAUAUCACCAAUGUCAGAACAGAAAUCACUCCCCAGGAGGGGCAAAUCAAGUUGCAGGUGGCUAGUUCCCAGCCGAGCAUCACUUCGAACACUGCUGCCACCACUGGCUGUGGCAGAGACAACUUUUGGAGUCCAACAACCGCAGUCUGAGGCUGGGGAAACUCCCGACCGACCAGAGCUUAGCGAGGCUGAAUGUGACAUCGACACUCUAAAGAAGCUUAAGCUUGGACUGCGAUCAUCUCUGUGGUCUCGACCAAAUACGCACAGCAAUCAGGCUGACUACUCCAUAGCCGUUUAAGUAGGGACAGUAAAGCUUCUUGCUAGCAGACGUGGAUGCCACUCGGGAACAGAGGGUCUGUCCGUACGCUACCAGACCCUGUACAAGUGCUGAUUAUUCCUUCUGCUGCCCCUGCUCUGCAACUGUGGGAUGCCAUGAUAGUCUUUUGUUUCUCGUAUCCUUUGAUUUGCCCCAGAAUGAUGUAAUUUGGAUAGACAAAAUACAUGGAAAGAGUACAACGCACUUUUAUGUCUUAAGACAUCAAAAUAUAUGCUGUUACAUUAAAAUUAUCCCUUGAAAAGGCAAGAAAUAAUCAAAUUUAUUACACUUUCAGUCAUACUGAAACAAAUUUAAAGUAAGAAUCUAUAUAUAUAUAUAGUUCUCACAGCAGCACUUAUGAAGAGUGGUAUCUUUACACAGUGUAGUCUGGUGGAAUUUCACCAUUGUUUCAGAGGAACAUAUUACCUUUUUCUUCAGGUCUGAAGAGUAAGACAAGCAAGAAAUUAACAUGAACCAGGCAGCCAGCAGAGCACUGUUAUGUAUACUCUUCAAUCAUGAAGAUGGAUGCAUUAUGUUUGUGUGAAACAUCAAUGGAUUACAUAGGAUUACAUCCCAAAGACAGUGCUCUCCAAGUACAUAGAACUUGUAUUUUACUUCUUACUCUGCUGUUAUUGUUUCCAUUUCAUAGAGGUCACUGGACAUUAAGUCUUCAUUGUCUUUGUAUCAUCCUACAUUCUUUGCUUUUUGAUUUCACCUUUUUGUGUAGUUAAAAAUUGUUAGUAUUCUGCUACGUGUUCACAGAAAUUAUUGUUGGUAGUUGCCUCUCCUGUCAUGCAGGGCCCACAUCGGCUGCUGAGUGAUAAGGGUGACACAGACUGAGAAACCGGCGAUACCACUAACAUUUCUUUCCAUUUCAAAUAAAUGGUAUUAAUACAGCCAAAUGCAGCUAAUUGGGACAAGUAUAUUGCGUUUCAUUUUGUUGAAAUAAAUUGUAAAGAAAAAACCUGACAGUGCACGUUAUCCCAAUUGUUUGCAUUGUGCAGUGGUAAUAUUACUUAAAUUAAAUCAAAAAGUUCAGGAUGAAGCAGCCCAAAGAAAUAAAUCUCUGUUGGAACUGUGGACCAUACUGAUACUGCAGUAAUUGAUUAAUGUCUAUAAGUGAAAUGCACCUUGACAUCUGUUGUCUUCUGUAAGGCUAUAGCAAGUAAGAUUAUAAUGAUCUGUCAGUAUGAGAUCUCACCCUGUCCACACUCCAUAACCUUGCAGCAGGUGCUGCAGUGGGAUCAGUAUAACCUUGAAGAAGAGAGAGAGAUUGAGAUGAAGUUAGGUUUAUCAUGAUUUAAAAUAAUAAUCUAGAAUAUAUGAUGUUAUUAAUAUUAAAGGGAGCCAAGAAUGAUUGAACAUGUAACAUGAACAGGCAACACAUGAAACGCAGGCAGGGAAAUGUCAGUUUAGAAGACCUACAGAAAGGCAAAUCAAGAACAUUGAAAUGUCUGGGUAAGCAGGUUGUGAUGAUGCCAGGUGGAUUCAGCUGGUUUAUGAAGAAUCCAGUGAUGUGCUUUUAUUACUGAUCCUGUUGUGGUACGUCUGUGCAUUCCAUAAUAUCAUAGGCUUUGUUAUCAAUAGAAUUAUGCAAUCCCAUAUCAACUGCCAUUUUGGAAACAGGAUGGUAUGUGUACUUGUGCUUACACAGGCCAAAGUGCAUAUAUACAGUUCUUUCCCCAGUAUGUAUGUAUAUAUAUAUAUAUAAUGUGGAAAGAAAUGAUGAGUGGCUUGAUAUGUAAUAAGAUAAUAUGUGUACAGACAAGUGCAUUACAAAACUGGUACGUUUUGCUUGCAAGUUGGGUCCAUGUCUGACUGCAAAGGCUUCUCUAGAUUAAGGACAUCAGCCUGAGACGGAGAUCACGGGAUGGAGAUGAUAAAUGAGGUGGUAAGUGUUGGUCUACCGCAGAACACCAACCAUGUAUAAAUUUGUUGACAUUGCCCCUCGUCAUAAGAGGAAAUGGCUAUAUACUGUCAUUCUGUAUAAAUAAAUACUGGUCGACUGCAAGGAAGUGACACAAAUCUCAGUGUUUUACAGUGUUUAUCAUACAAAUCAAAAGACUUCCAAUUUAAGAGGUUUGUUCUCUUUUGUACUCCUGGGCCUAGUGAUCUGAUGUGAUAAUGUCGAACUGUAUAGAACCUGUAUCUGUUCAUGGAUGCAUUGUAUCUGACUCCAUGUCACUUCAGCAUCCCCAGUGUUUUCACCCAAAUUGUGUACCUGUUUUUAAAAACAUGUAUUAUUUAUUAAACUAUAUAUAAGACUCGUUUUUAUGUAUAUACAUAUAUAUAUAUACCAUAUGUUUUCAAAAUAAAUUAUGUAAUUUGAUAAAUCUACAUUAUUUAAGUGUUCCCCAAUAGGGUGACAGUUUGACACUUCUAGGUGUGCUGAAGGCAAAAGUUUAAUUUAACAUUUUUUUGAUGAAGGGACAUCAUAGUUAAUUUACACCUUGAAUAUCGUUUAUCAACUCUGUUUUAUAAGAAAAGUGCAAUUUUUUGGAAACUUCUUUUGUUUUUGUCUUCAGGCAAGAUGGUACCUAGCCUGAAGGAUCUGUUGCAGAAAUUAGCUACAAGGUUUUGAAACUGACAAUAGUUUUUUCUUUGUCUGUUAAUUGACCAUAUUCUCUGUCAUUGCAUUAAAGCUGAAUAAGGAAACUGCAAGUAGUGAACAAGAGGAAGUGGCUGUGUCUUUGUACACAGUGUUUAACCCUUUAAAAUAGAGUGGUAGCUAUGUGUACCACCUGCUUUAUUUAACAUUCAGCAAUUUCAUUUUGCUCUCAACAGUGUAUUAUGUGUUACAUGUUACUCUUAGAAUAAAAAAUUAUUAUUUUCCUAACAGAAUUAAUUGGUUAGUCUUUGUAAUGCAGGUGUAGUAUAUUUUAUGUGAGUUAGGAACUGAAUUUUUAUGUAUCAUAUGGGUGACAUUCAUAACAUUCAGACUUUAAAAGGUUAAUAUGUACCUUUCAAUAUAACUGGCAACAUCAAAGUGAUAUAAGAAAUUUCCUAAAUUUUACAGGGCUUGUUCAUUGGUUGCAGAGGUUUCACAGAUCUGAUGUUUCGUGUUAUCUGAUUCAGUUGGUAAGAGUGAAAUUAUUUUACAU